CAUUAAUUAAACGUCUUACUUCAAGGUGUCUUGUCUUAUUUUAUCGCUUUACUGAUGAAAUGCGCGAUCAUUUUCAGGAGUUGAAUGAUAGUCUCCUCUUCUUUUCUGAUUGUAAAUAAAUGUUGAAGACGUGAUAUGCCGCUUCAUGACAAAGCGUUGAAGACGUAAUGGUUGAAGUCUGGAACGACAUAUUAUUAACAGUCGUGGGGUGAUCUCCUUUUAUUCUAAAAUUAUAUUUACUUUAAGCUUUUAAAAUUUAAAUUUCCUCUUUAGAAUUUCAGGUUUCACAGGUGUCAAGAUCAUUUACAGUAUUGAUGGAAAUUCUGUGAUAUUCUUACUCUUCAUAUUACAAUGUACAUGUAGAAUUCCUUUCCCUUUUAUGAUAUGGUUUUCAACAUCAUUUAAAAUUACAACAGUUAACGAGGAUUUUAUUACUAGGAAAUUACAUCAAUAAUUUAACUUAUAAACGUACUUAACUUAAUGUUCUAUUUUUGUUUCUGUGAAGUGACGAGCACUGUAAUAAACAACCUAUCCAUGCAAGUCGGAGAUUUGGAGGUGAGAAUGAAUGAAACGUUGAAAAACAACUAUAGAGUAUUGACUAACUUCAACGCCAAACAAAAUCACAUUGAAUCGAAAUUCACAACUGAAGUUGCCUUUACCGCUGAUUUGAUCUUCAACACCUCCAUUUCGGACAUUAAGAAACACGACAAAAUUGUCUUUGGACAUAAAAUCUUUAAUGAUGGUAACGCUUAUGAUACAGCUACGGGUGUCUUCACAGCUCCCGUGUAUGGUGCAUACGUGUUUUAUUUCAACAUCAACACCUUACCACACAAAUCAUUACAAGUUGAGUUGACAGUAAAUGGAAACGGGCAUUCAGCGAUGGCGUAUGCAGGAGCUUUGGAUGUCGAUGUCAGCGGAAGUUCAAUGGUAAUUCUAAACCUUCAUGAAGGCGACCGUGUCUGGUUAAGAUCCAGCUCUGAUUCCGCCGCAAGCAAAGUUGUGGCAUAUCAACUAAACUCGUUUUCUGGAUUCUUGUUGUACAAAUAUUAUUGAAGAGAGAAAGAACAAGCGAGAAGGAGAACGCAGGAUUGACAGCAUUUAUAUUUUUAUACGCCCGUCUUUAGAUGGAAGGUAUUAUGGUACAGCGAUAUCCCUACGUCCGUUCGGAGUUUUCUGAUUCUAAUUUCAUUUCUCUGUCGCAUAUCAAGCUGAAACUUGGAUCACUCUAGAUCAUGUUACAGUGUUCAUCGAUUUCGACCUCUCUUGCAGGAGUUUUGGCCCUUUGUUUGAAAAUUAUUGUUCAAUGGAGGGUGCAUAAUUUGUUUGCUUAAGUCGACCCACAGUUUUCAAAUGAGGUCCAUCUUGUUUUACAGAGUGUUGUAUGGAUUUUGAAGAUGUGUAUGUGGCAAGGAUUUUGAUUUUCUGCUAUUUUGGAGAAAAGUACAGGUUGUUGAACUCCGUUUUGAGGAAAUAUUACAAAGAGAGUACAUGCUUUGUUCGGUGAACUCCUCCCCCAGUUUUCAAGUGAGAACCUUCUUAUUUUACAGAGUUUUUAUAUGGAUAUUGAAGGUGUGAACAUUGCAACGAUUUUGAUUUUCUUCAUUUUUAAAUUACAGGUUAUUGAACAUAGUCAAUUUUGAGGAAUUAUUUCAUAGAGAGUACAUGAUUUGUCUUUCAAUUUUCCUUCCAUAGUUUUUCAAAUGAAGACUUUGUUUUAUAGAGUAUUUGUAUGGGUAUGGAAGAUGUGCAUGUGGCAAGGGUUUUGAUUUUAUUCAACUUUUAAAAACAUACCGGUAGUUGAACUUUGUCCAUUUUAAGGAAACAUUACAGUAUAUUAAAUAAAAACAUGGUUUGUCCGUAAA